CUGCUUACUUACAACUGCAACAAACGUCAUGGCACCGAACUGACAGACAGAACAAAGGCAACGGCAACAGUUCACCACCCAACAUCCCGAGAUUGGCCGUUACGUUAGUUUGCUCCUUGCCAACAAUGAACGAGCAUACAUGCUAGUAGCUCAGAAAGGUUACAUGUGACCGGCCAGCCGGCUUGAUAUGCGUACAAGUCCGAUCUUCAAGCAGUUCUUACGUGUACGCCAGAGCCGAGCUCCAACAUGAACGAGCCGACGAUGCCGCCCCCGGCGGCGUUCACUGGCCAAAAGCCCGUAUCCUCCUCCUCCUCCGCUGCUCCCGGCCCGGCAACAUCCCAGGCUUCUCCUCAGCCUCCUCAACCGGCCCGCCGAACCUCGUCGUUUCAGCCCGGCGGCCCAGCCAUUCCCGUCGUCCUUAACGAAGCAGCGCUCGACUCGCCCAGCUUCCGCGCCACGGCCGUCCACUUCUCCGACCAACUCGACACAAUUGAGCGCUGGCUCGACGGUUACGCCCGGAGCACCGCCAAGCUCGCUCACGACGUCCUCGCCCUCGAAGACACAAUCAACGCCUAUCUGUCCAAGAUAUCCCCUCCACCGUCCAUGGCCUCGCCGGCCGAUUCGCCCGUGCUCGACGCAGACUACACGCUGCAAGCGCUGCGGCGGGCCGGCGAGGGCGCGCGCGAGUGGUGGGGGGGCAUCCUGGCCGCGGUGCGGCGGCUCGAGCCCGUCAGCGUCGAGCCGAUCCGCGCCUUCAUCCAGAACGAGCUGCGCAACUUCCGCGAGACGCGGCGGGCCCUGGACGCGGCGCAAAAGGCCUUUGACGGCACCCUGGCGCGCUACGUCGGGCAGAGCAAGACCAAGGAGCCGAGCUCGCUGCGCGAGGACGCCUUCGCCGUCUACGAGACAAGGCGUGCUUACCUUAAGGCCAGCAUGGACUACUGCCAGAUGGCACCCCAGGUCAGGGCCGGGCUGGACAGGCUGCUCGUGCGCAUCUGCGCUGAUGUAUACCGUGAGAUGAGGAAGGCGAGGGAGUCUGGUGGCGGCGCCGUGAGCGCGUGGGGUGAUGAGCUGGAGAGGAUCAGGGGCUGGGCUAGGGAGAUGGAGUCGUCUGAGGCUGUGUUCCGGCGCGAGUUACAGGCGGCGAGGCGGGAGAUUGGCGAGAGCACGCUUACCACGUACAAACCGUCGCGCGAGCUGGAGGACUACAGCAUUUCGACGGUGCCGUACCUUGGCUCCAAGGGCCCCAUGAGCAUGCAGCGCAAGGACCAGGUCGCCGUCAUUUCGGAGAAGCAGGGCUGGCUUUUCUUGCGGGUGCUGUCGGGAAAACCGGUCAGGACGACCUGGGUGCGCCGAUGGUACUACUGCCGCGACGGCAUCUUUGGCUGGCUGGCGCAGGGCCCUCACGGGGUGCUCAUGGGCGACGAGAUUGGCGUUCUUUUGUGUAGCGCCCGCCCGGCCGUACAGGAAGAACGCCGGUUCUGCUUCGAAAUCAAAACCAAGACGCAGACUAUCAUGCUGCAAGCAGAGACGCAGGCGCAAUUGAUCGAGUGGCUUGAGGUGUUUGAGGUGGCUAAGAAGAAGGCGAUCGAGGCCAGCAUGGGCCGGGACCAAAGCGCGCUCUUGGGAGGCGUCGACCCAGCCUUCUCCAUUACGCCUCCGUCGAUCCCCGAAUUCUCGGCCAAGAACUUGGACAACCUGGACGAGACGGCCACGUCUGAAAAGCAGGCAAACUUGCCUCUUCCUAGUCAGGAGGGGAACCUUGCGACUCGUACGAGCUUUGACGUCCCUCCUCGGCGUGCGAUUACCACUCACCUUGGACGGGAGGAUGGCGAGAGCGGGCGAGAGCAUGCUGCACGUAUCAUGCAGAAGUUGGAUCUGCAUCGCAAGUCAACCUUUGCAAGCUCAAGCGAGACAUCCGCUCUUGGAGUAGCCGCGGCGGGUCUUGUCUCGGCCACGGCAGCGUCUCCUCUAUUAGGGCAGACUGCUCCGCUUCGCCUGUCUACCCCCCUGUUCGACCAGCAACCGGGUAGCCUAGCACCUGUUGCUCUAGCCAAACCUCCCAUCAUGACAAGUCUUAGCAAAGCUGCUGUCUUGGCAAGCGCCAAUGCGGGAACAGGUCAGAUGCUGCCAAGCGCCGUGCUGGCCAACUACUGGGGUAGCUGCUCCUACACGCCUAUGUACUGUCCCUCUCCUACGAUGCCCCCAACUCCGAAGCCAGAUCCGACAGACCCCUUUGUGGCCACGGUCAUGCCGGGGACCACUACCGGGGAGAAGAUGGCUGUCCCCGCCAGUUCGCACCGGAAAACGCUGAGCAUGGAUACCAAAAUGACAGACAUCAAAGCACAGGAGAAGUCACCUUCGGAUAAAUUCCCCUUGAACUAUCCGUCCGAGCUUAGGGCACAGUAUGCGCAGUUCAGACUCAUCUUCCCAACCGCGCCCAUUGACGACAAGCCCGUGUUGGUCUUGAAUGCCGCCUGGUCCAGCUCGUCCGGGGAGGGCAAGGAAGGCCAAGGCAUGGCCGGGAGCGGACGCAUCUUCGUCACACCCGACCGGAUGUACUUUUACGGACACCAGCUGGGCUUGGUCGUAGCAUACGCCAUCGACCUGGACAGCAUUGCCGAGCUAACGGCGGCGCCAGGACGGGACUGCAAUUUCAUCUUCCUCCACCUGAAUCAGGAUAUGCAAGACGCCCGGUUUUCUCGCAUUACAAUCAAGGUGUUCCUGGAGGAUUUCUCCCUGUUGCAGGCCCGUCUCAAUCUCCUAGUCGACGACCUUCAGGCUGCCGAGCCAAUGGAGCUGUCCGAAAUCAUUCGGGCCCUGAUUAACCUGGAAAAGGCGGGCCAGGAGCAUAACAAGCGGAGCCCUAGCGCAGACAGCUGGGAGGAAGUGUCGUCCAACACGCCGGUUGACGAUGGGACGCCGUUCGGCCGACCCGUUAAUAGGAGACCGCAGCUUGGGAAUGGCAGAUACGGGCUACUGCGCGGGUCAAGGAAGUCGGUGCCAAAGCUCCAGCUACCCGCGCGGCCGGUGGUGUACGAACCUCAAGACAUGGGCAAGGCUGUGGCGGAGAGACACUUUGAGAUCAGUGCCAAGGCAUGUUUCCAUGUCUUGUUCGGCGACAACAGCUUCCUCUUCCCUAAGCUCUACUUUGAGCGUCGGGCCAAGGAGAUUGCGCAGGGCCCCUGGGAACUGCAGGAUCAAGGCCGGAUGAGGCGCCAGUUUCGGUUCAAGGUAGAUCACGUUGACAUGCUUGGUCGCAAGAAGGCCGGUGACGUGACCGACUCGCAAACCAUUGACGUCUUCAACGACCACAUUACAUACGUGGUCACACACACCAAGACACCGUGGCACCUCCCACACUCCCAGGCAUUCAGGCUUGUCUUUAAGGUGGUCAUCACACACGUGUCCAAAUCCAGGUGCAGGCUCGCCAUCUACACCAAGGCCGACUGGUCCAAGGCAGCAGCAUUCGCCAAAAACAUGGUGCAGCGGCAAGCGCUGGACGACGCGGCCAACGACGCCGAGGAGCUGGCCGAGCUGGCGACGGAGCAGGUCCGCAGGCUGGGCCCUCACAGCCGCACCAAGCGCGCAAUACAAGUGUACGGCAACAUAGGACAGCAGAACCAGGUCGUCACCUUGACCCCCGACACGGCGGCGGCCGAGGGGCAGAAGAAGCCGACGAUACGCCCGCGCACGCUGACUGACAUGAUGCUUGAGACGGGCAGGUCCUUUAUGGAGAGCGCCAUAACCUCGAUUAUGAUGUGGACGUUUGCCGCUUUGAAGCGGCUGUUCAAAAUCGUCACGGCCAACAGGGUGAUUCUCGUGCUGCUGGCGGUUAGCGCGGCGUAUAACCUGCUCGUCAUUUCUCAGGCUAGCUCGACGUGGUUGCUCGAACGCAGGUCGGCAAGGUACAUGAACCGCCUGGGCGUCGGGCCGAAUCCGAUUAUGAGCAAGGCCAUCUACCUCGCUGAUCUGGAGGAGGCAGCAGCGGCCGGCGGAAGGUCCGCGGGCCUAGAUGCCCGGCCGUCUAAGGACAGUCAAUGCUACACCACCUUCCAAACCCUGGUCAACACAACCAGCCUCGACGCGCCCUACCAGGACGCCGGGGCCGACAUUUUCUCGUCGGCCGCCAGCCGGGCCACGGCGCGCCGUCUCCGCCGCGCGCGCCAGCGCCUGGGCGGGUACCGGCACGACCUGCUCGUGGCCAUGCGCAUCGUCAACGGCAUCGAGCGGGAAGUGGUGCAGUCCGAGUGGGAGAACUGGCUGGCCGACGAGACGUACCGGUGCGAGCAGGUCAAGGGGAUGUUGAUGCGCGGGGAUCUGGGCAGGGAGGAGGUUGGGGAUGUGGGUGAGGAGGGGAAAGGGAAAGAUCGGUAUAUGAUGACAGGGGAUGGAGAUGGGGAUGGGCAACAGAAGGUGCUAACGGCUAAGGAUGGGGGUAAGCGUAAAGAGGCGCUGAGAAAGUGGCAUGAGGAGUACUGUGGGAGCUGUGAGGCCGAUCGGAAGGCGGUUUUGGAGAGACGGGGAGUGUCUGAGAUGGCUUCGUUUGUAAUGUAGUUUAGUUGUAAGAGGGUAUCUAGAUGCAUGGUGCAACGAGGUAGGCGUUCUUGUCAGAAUACAUGACUUAUUGAGGUAUGUACAUACAUCGGGUGGAUAGGUCAAGAGAGGAACU